AUGCAAAUUGGGUUGAUCAUCUUCAUCCUGGUGUCUUGUGUCAGCGCUAAGGAGAAAGAUGUGACGCUCCCGAGGUUAAAUAACACCAAAGCUGCCGAAGCCUUUAUCAACUCUGCUGAAGUGGUGGUGAUCGGAUUCCUGGAGGGAGAAGAGAGUCAUGGCUACAAAGAACUUUUGGCGGCAGCAACUCGUGUGGAUUCUGUCUCAGUGGCCAUCUGUGCUUUGAAAGAAGUCUGGGUUGACUAUGGUAUUAAAUCAGACACCAUCACUCUUUUCAGAAAGGUAGAUAACCAUCAAGAGAACCUCGUGGUUGCCGAGGCAGAUGAAAUAAAGGUUGACGGUCUUGUGAACUUUAUUAUUGUGAACGAGCUACGAUACAUGACAGAGUACAACCAAGUGACAGCAGUGGGUCUGUUCAACUCAGAAGUGAAGACACACCUCCUGCUGUUUGCCAACAAAGGGCGCAAAGAAUUUAAUGAGCUAAAGGCGCAGUUGGGAGCUUUGGCUCCAGAGUUCACUGGCAAGUUCUUGUUCGUGCUCAUCAAUGGCGCUGAAGACUCCAACUUCCGGUCACUGCGCUACUUUGGACUGAAAUCUAAGGACCUUCCCCGUGUAGGCAUCUACGAUGGUGACUCUGACAUGAAAUGGUUGCUGCCUGAAGGAGAAAUUUCCAACGAGCGUGUGCGAGACUUCUGCAAUGCAUUUUUGCGAGGAGAACUAAAGGAGGUGAAAGAAGCUGGCGCCGAGGCCAAAACAGAGCUUUAA